GCUCGGGGUGACCAGGGAGGGCUCCGGGUCCACCCGGCGGCCGCGGGCUUGGCUUGGGCGGGGCCGGGCUGCGGUGGGAGCCGGAAGCAGCCGCUGCCCAGCGCGGGAGACAUGGCGGGAGUGAAAGCUCUUGUGGCAUUAUCCUUCAGCGGGGCCAUCGGGCUGACUUUUCUUUUGCUGGGCUGUGCCUUGGAGGAUUAUGGCGUGUACUGGCCCCUGUUCGUCCUGAUUUUCCAUGCCAUCUCCCCCAUUCCCUAUUUCAUUGCCAAAAGAGUCACAUACGACUCUGAUGCAACCAGCAGUGCCUGCCGGGAACUGGCGUAUUUCUUCACUACUGGAAUUGUUGUUUCUGCCUUUGGGUUUCCUGUUAUUCUUGCUCGUGUGGCUGUGAUCAAAUGGGGAGCCUGUGGCCUUGUGCUGGCAGGGAACGCAGUCAUUUUCCUUACAAUUCAAGGAUUUUUCCUUGUAUUUGGAAGAGAAGAUGAUUUCAGCUGGGAACGGUGGUAGCACCUUAGUUUGACAGAAUGUGUUGAGUUUCUUAAGUGUAUGGGCGCACCUGUGGCAUUUUACUAUGAAAUUUAAUAUGCUGGGUUUUUUAUACCUUUAUAUCAUGUUCACUUUAAGGAAUACUUCAUGAGUAAAAGAUUAGUUUUAUUCUCUGUAAAUAGACCUCUGGAGUUUAGAUUAUGUUACUAAAGUCAAAUUAUGUUACUUUUUGCUGUUUGCGUAGUCUUGGUGCUCUGAGAAGUGUCUUACAGACGCCGUGGCAGGCCAGAAUUUGCAGGGGAUGUGCUCCGGAAGGCAGGUGACGGGAGGCAAGUGACAAGUGGCAGGUGAUGGGAGGCAGGUGUUGGGCUGAAAAGGCAGAGGCAGCUCUCUCUGCGCCAAAGACCUUUGUUUCUUCAAGCGGGACCCUGGACCAGGAGCACAGACCUUUCCCAGGAGUGUGUCAGAGACACAGAGUCUGCAGGUCACACCCGAGCCCACACCCACACCGGCGUGUCGGUGAGCCCCGCACGUGGACGCCAUCACCGAGGAGGCGGCACCACUUCCCUGUGGCCGUCCCCACCGCACCACCGAUCUCUCCGUGUCAUCCACUUGCUUGUAAGAAAUGUCUCACCUGCCCUCAUGUUGAGGGUGGGCCCAGACUCUUGUGUUAUGAAGUGUUCAGAUCUACACAAUACGGGCUGUUCUGCAAAUCUGUGAAAACUGCGCUGGGAAUGGGGAGAUGGUCUUGGAAGGGCACCACGUCUUGGUUAGAUGGGAGGAAUAGUCUGAUCACUGUGAGGCCGGCCGGCCACACAGCAUGCUGAGUAGAGGAGGCAACAGUACAGUACGUGUCCAGUAUUGCUAAGAGUAAAUUUCUAAUGUUCUCAUCACAAAUAGCAUUCGAUAUUUCAGGUGAUGUGUAUGUUAAUGAGCUUGACUUAAUCAUUCCACAUUUUACUGAAAAAACAUAACACCACUUUGUACCUUAUAAAUAUAUAUAACUAUCAUUUGUCAAUACAUAAUAAAAAAUCAGUUAAAAAAACAAAACAAGACAUACCACAGCACACCCCCAGAGGUGUCCCCAGCAGGCAUGGGUGUCUCCAGCAGGGAUGGUGACAGUAGAUGUCCUCUGAAGGCAGCAGCUGUUUGCACAGGGCUGCCCUGGGAGGAGGGGAAGGGGCUGAGCUGACACCAGCUCCUGCUUUAACAGGGGUUGGCAGAAUAGAGGUGAAACUUUCCAAUGUCCCCUUAUAAUCUGGCCCUUCUCCGAGCAGCUCCUUGCCUAGGCCCCCCCUUGGCAGUUGUGAUUUGCCCUGGACUUUCCUUCCCAAAGAGACAUAAGAGCCAGGUGAGCCCACACAAGGGGGUGGGCCGGCUCAGUCAGUGCACACGUAGAGGUGGCCAUUGUCACUCAUAUCCUGGACUCUCAUACAUGACUUUAUGCCACCUUCUGAGCCGUCAUCAGGAUUAAUGUCAUGUCGGGUCCUAUAGUCACAGUCUAACCUAUUGAAAAAGGGAAGAAUCAGAAAUAGAACCACUUGAUCUGAAUACAGCCAGAGGUUUUUAAACAUUUUUAAACAUUCUGCCAGCAUAAUGACUAAACACAUUCAAAACACUCAAACCUUCAGGUUUGUGACCUCGUGAUCUGAGUAGUUAGCUACUGUGACACUGGGACCAGAAGGAUACCUAAGGGGAUAUGUGGCCUUGCACUGGAUUUUAUGUUCUCAAUGUUCUGUGUACCUAUCAAAUUGUCAAAGCUGUUAUUUCCAAUAUUUAUAUUAGAAGCAUUAUUCAGAUACUUCGUAAUUUUAACCAGCAUUUUUAAUAAUGACACUUGCACUUGUAAUAAAUUUCACUUUUAA